UAUUUCAACCGGUUAUUUUUUGAACUUUCAAUAAUUGUUGAAGAGAAAUAUCCUGCAUUCAGAAGAACUACUAGGAGAUGAGCCAAGAGGAAGUGCCCUGCGAUGAAUCGUAUCCGAAGCGAGAAUCAAGAUCACUCUUGAAGGAGGACGACGAUGUCAGAUGUACUUUAGAUAGCCUCCUCUUGCAAAUGAUUCACCUAAUAGAAGACUUCGAGCUGCUACACUCGCAAGUCCAUAAGGAGACAGCUAGGGCUCAGUUAGUCCUGGCUAGAGUAAGAUUGCACAAGGGUUUUCACCGAAUUCCAGCAGAAGCCCAAUUACCAAGAGGGCGACCCUACAAGGCUCUUAGUCGCGUUGUGGAGGAACAGAGCUCCUGGGGAAAGGUUUUCAGGAUCAUCCGGCUUCCUGUUAACCCGAUCCUGGGAUAUCUCCGACCCGUAACGAAUAUAUUUGGCUCUAUGCUGCCAGACAACUUGCGAUUCGCGAAUCGGCAUUGGGAACACUGUCUGGAUCUCAUAGUUGAGUGUGCCAACAUCAAAAGAAAACUUCAACUGACGAUUGUCUCCAUAGAGAAGCUGCAAUGCUUUCUUAGUCGAAGGCAAUGACUCUAAGCAAUAGGUAAUACCAAAAUAAAGAAAAC